CUGAAGAACACGUCAAUCUCAUUUCAGCGAUCUACCACUGCAGUCCCAGAUGCAUUGUCACCCCCGGGCAGCUUAACAUGGAUAAAUGGUGACGCGACGACGGCACAGAACGAGUUUGAGGACGACUAUGAAAUUUUGGGAAUGACUCGACCAGCAGCACGAGCGGCACAACCACCACCACCACCUCCUCAGCAAUUCAUUCCCGUUGGACGUAGUCCACAACGGCCAAUUAACCCAUUGUACCAUAAUCCGAAUGCGCGCACGUUUGUGAAUCACCAACGCACAGUACCACCACCUAUAAGGUGA